AUGUCUCAGCUGACCUGUAAGCUCACACUGUGUGCUCUUUGUGUCACUACACCUGUUGAAGGAGUGAUUCUGGCAGAUUAUGGCUCUUUUUGGAGGGAUCAUCGUCGCUUUGCUCUGAUGACUUUGAGGAACUUUGGUCUGGGGAAGGAUUCCAUGGAGGAGAGGAUUCACGGAGAGCUGCGAUACACCAUUGAUACACUGGAAAAGAGCAUUGGCAAAAGCUUCAGUCCUCGACUUAUGUUUCAUAAUGCGGCUUCCAACAUCAUCUGCCAGGUUCUGUUUGGGACACGUUACGAGUAUGAUGAUGAGUUCAUCAAAGUGAUCGUUCAAUGCUUCACUGAGAAUGCCAAGAUAGCUAAUGAACCAUGGGCUAUGCUGUAUGACACUCUUCCCAUGAUUCACAACCUGUCACUGCCCUUCAUAAAGGCCUUGAAGAAUGCUAAGACUUGUCAGAAUCUUGUGAAGACAGAGCACAAGAAGACCAGAGUGCCUGGAGAGCCACGAGACUUUCUUGACUGCUAUCUGGAUGAAAUGGAAAAGGGUACAAUGAUCAUCCCUGACCUGACCUCAGUGUUGAGUGAGGAGGGACAAUGGAAAUUCUCUCAUGAAUUCAACCCUGAAAACUUCCUCAAUGACAAGGGAGAGUUUGUUAAACCAGAGGCCUUCAUGCCUUUCUCCGCAGGUCCUAGGAUGUGUCUUGGAGAGGGUCUGGCUCGUAUGGAACUCUUUCUCGUCAUGGUGACGCUGCUGAGGAAGUUCAAGUUCAUCUGGCCUGAGGAUGCAGGGGUGCCAGACUACUCUCCGGUCUAUGGGGUCACUUUAACUCACAAACCUUAUCAAAUGAAGGUCCAACACAAGGCAAUGCAGUAAGGCGGUCUGCAGACA